CCAAGCAUUGCAGCACUACAAUUUCAACUUCCCUCAUGGGAAAGCUUCCUGUUCCAUUUCUUCCUUUUGUUUUCUCAACUCUCUUCACACUAAUAAUCCCUUCUGCGAGUGGAUUAUCUUUCAACUUCACCAGCUUCGUUGUUGGCGAUCGAAACAUUUCAUACGAGCAGGAUGCAUCUCCUGCUCCAGAUGGAGCUGUUCGGCUCACCAAAAGUCUAAUAGAUACUAAUAUGGCUUUAAGUUCCGGUCGAGCCACGUAUUACAAAUCGAUGCAGCUUUGGGACAAGGCCUCGGGGAAUCUUACAGACUUCACUACCCAUUUCUCUUUUUCCAUCAAUUCGCAAACUAAAGCUCAAUACGGAGAUGGAUUGGCUUUCUUUCUUGCGCCAGAAGGAUCAAUGCUUCGGCCUAAUCUCUCUCAGGGUGCAGGUCUAGGUCUUGCAAGGAGUGAUCAGCCACUAAACACAACGGCUAAUCAAUUUGUUGCAGUGGAGUUUGAUAUCUUCAAAAAUGAUUUUGAUCCACCAGGCGAGCAUGUAGGUAUUGACAUCAACUCUAUGCAAUCUGUAAAUACUAUUACUUGGCUGUGUGAUAUUAGAGAAGGGAGAAAAACUGAAGCUUGGAUUAGUUAUAAUUCAAGUACACAUAAUCUGAGUGUCGCCUUCACUGGUUAUAGAAAUAACACUGUAGAAAUGCAAUUCCUUAGUCAAAUAGUUAGUUUGAGGGAUUACCUACCAGAAAGAGUUAGUUUUGGCUUUUCGGCUUCAACAGGAGAUUUAUUUGCCAUACAUACCCUUUACUCGUGGGAUUUUAGUUCAAGCUUAGAAAUUGAUGAUAAUGUUCCCAGUCCAAUAGAUCUAUGGAAGAUCUAUCAACUCGAUGUGAAGUCAGCAUUUCUGAAUGGCUUCCUAGAAGAAGAGAUCUAUGUUGAACAACCACUUGGAUACAUUGAUGCUGAAAAUGAAGGCAAAGUAUACAAGUUGAAGAAGGCUCUCUAUGGUUUGAAGCAAGCUCCGCGUGCUUGGAAUACCAGAAUUGACAGGUAUUUUCAAGAUAAUGGAUUUGAGAAAUGUCCAUAUGAACACGCCAUAUAUGUGAAGAAAGGAGCAGAUGGCAGCAUCUUAUUUGCGUGCCUGUAUGUUGAUGAUUUGAUAUUCACCGGCAACAACCCUACCAUGUUUGAAGACUUCAAACGAAGCAUGGUACAGGAGUUUGAGAUGACUGACAUUGGUUUAAUGUCACAUUUUCUUGGCUUGGAAGUAACGCAGAAAGAAGAAGGGAUUUUUGUAUCCCAAAGCGGUUACGCCAAAGAUAUUCUUGAAAGGUUCAAGAUGGAAAGCUGCAAUCCGGUAUCAACUCCAGUUGAGAAUGGAGUGGAAUUGAGGAAGAGUAAGGUUGGAAAUGUCGAUCCAACUUACUUCAAAAGCUUAGUAGGAAGCUUAAGGUACUUGACAUGUACCAGACCGGAUAUACUCUACGGGGUCGGACUCGUCAGCAGAUACAUGGAGACACCAGACCAGUCUCAUUUGAAUGCAGCCAAGAGAAUUCUUCGCUACAUCAAAGGCACAAUGAAUGAAGCCACCACCAGUGGUUACUCCCACCAACAAGAUCCAGCUGCAGCUUCUCCGCCAAAUGGUGGUUCUCUUAGGAAUCGGAAAAGGAACAGGACAGGACUGGCAGUUGGAUUGGGUGUUGGGGGUGGUGCUAUAGUUGUUGGGGCCGCUUUGGUUGGGUUUGUUAUUAAGUUUAUGUGUGGGCACAAAGAAGAUGAAGAAGGUGGUCAUGUCCUUGAAGAGUACAUGGAUGAUGAAUUUGAAAGGGGAACAGGACCAAAGAAGUUCUCUUACCAAGAAUUGGCUCGAGCUACAAGUAACUUCAAGGAUGAAGAGAAGCUAGGUGAGGGUGGGUUUGGUGGUGUCUAUAAAGGUUUUUUGACGGAGAUUGAUUUAUUCAUUGCGGUGAAGAGAGUAUCAGGAGGUUCUAAACAAGGGAUUAAAGAAUAUGCAGCAGAGGUAAAUAUCAUUAGCCGAUUGAGGCACAGAAACGUAGUCCAACUCAUUGGUUGGUGUCAUGAAAGAAGGGAGCUUUUACUUGUUUACGAAUUCAUGCCUCAUGGCAGCUUAGACUCCCAUCUUUUCAAAGAAAAUAGUUUGUUGACAUGGGAGGUGAGGUACAAAAUCGUGCAAGGCUUAGCAUCGGGGCUGUUGUACUUGCAUGAAGAAUGGGAACAAUGUGUGGUGCAUAGAGAUAUAAAGUCUAGCAACAUUAUGUUGGACUCAGAAUUCAAUGCUAAGCUUGGGGAUUUUGGUUUGGCUAGGCUUGUGGACCAUGGAAAAGGUUCUCAAACAACAGUUUUGGCAGGGACUAUGGGCUACAUGGCUCCAGAGUGUACAAUGACAGGCAAGGCUAGCAGAGAGUCAGAUGUUUACAGUUUUGGGAUUGUUGCAUUGGAGAUAGCUUGUGGAAGAAAACCUAUCAACCCAAAGGCCAGUAAUGAAGAUCAAGUGUCCAUGGUGCAGUGGGUUUGGGAGCUCUAUGGUGAAGGAAAGCUACUUGAAGCAGUUGACCCAAGACUAUGCGGAGAUUUUAACAAGACGCAGAUGGAACGCUUGAUGAUUGUCGGCCUUUCGUGUGCUCAUCCGGAUGAACAUCUUAGACCCUCAAUUCGGCAAGCACUUCACGUACUUAAUUUUGAUGCUCCAUUGCCUAUUCUCCCAUCAAAGAUGCCCGUGCCAUCAUAUUUCGCCCCGCCAAUAUCUGCAUCUUCACUUUCAAUAAUGUCCUAUGGCCUUACAGAUUCUGAAGGAGGGAUGAACAAAUCUUCAAGUUAUAGUUACAACACUAAUUCUUCCCAGUUCACUGCAUCUUCUUCAGCUUCUUCUGCAUCUGCCAUGCUUCUACACGAAGGCUAAAUUGAUGAUCAGUGUAAUUAAUUUGAGAUUCUUAUCCAGUUAAAACAUUUAAGUUUGCCCCUUUUAUUGUACUGAUCAAUUUUUACGUCUUUUCUGAACUAGAUUUUCUUUGA